AUGCCACCACGACCCUUUCCGUUCCCGUUGCGAGUCGGCACCGAUAUCUGCAAUAUUGCACGGCUCCGAGCAAUCAUUACACGACGUAGCGAUGGCGAGCCGUUGCGCCCCCUGUCUCAAUUCAUAUCACGUGUUCUCUCGGGCCCAGAGCGCACCUACUUUUGGGCUCGAUUUGGGCCUCCAGCACAAGUCCUGGGUAGAAUCGAUACUGUCUCCGAGUUUCUAGCAGGCAGAUUUGCCGCAAAGGAAGCUUGUCGCAAAGCAUGCAAUCACCUAGAUCCAAACACGAGAGCUUACCACCAAAUCCUAAUCCUGCCUAUCAAACUCCCCGGCCGAGGUGAAAAGCAGUCUUCCCCGCCUCAAGGUUUGAUACUUGACAAAGCUAUCGAAAAUAUCUACAAAGACGAUGGUGAACAAAGAACGUCCGAGGGUGAACUUACAACGUCCAUUGGUGGCACACUUAUGAGAAAGAUUGAGGAGAAACGUCAGAUUGAUGCGCAUGAACUCGAAGGUCAGCUGUGCGAAAUCAGCAUCAGUCAUGACGGAGAUUUUGCGACUGCUGUUGCCAUCGUGCCAUCGAUGGAUACGCAAAAGGAAGAGCACGUUCCAUCGUAA